AUGGCACUCUCCUCGGCGCCGGCCUGCAACUGUGGCGGAUUCCACUUGGCCUGCCGCAUGCGGGACAUGGAUCUGCCCGUUGAGAAUUUCCCCGCGAAGGUGAGCAGUGCCGUGGACAGCAGGAGCACAUCAUCCACUGCAGCUUCUUCCGACCACGAGUCCGACCACGAGUGCGACCAUGCUGUCAGGCACGCCGCGCCCAACGGGGUUCGCAGCGAGGCCGUCCUCGGCGGCGGCGUGUGCGCGUGCGGCGGCUUCCACCACGCCUGCCGGCUGCGCGACUCGGCGCCCCUCGAGCCGGCCCGGCCCCUCGCGGCACCAGAAGGCCUCCCCGUGGUGGCUCUGCCCUGGCCGGAGGCAGAGGGGCCGCUGAGCGAGGCCGUGGUGGGCGGCGCGGUGUGCAGGUGCGGGGGCUACCACCGCGCUUGCCGGCCAGUGGCCAGCGGGGGCCUUGCGCGCGCCACUCCCGCGCCUGGGCCGCUGGCGGCGGCGCCGGGCGGCAUCGACAGCGCCACCGUCGCUGGCCCGGCCGCCUGCGGGUGCGGCGGCUACCACCGCGCGUGCAGGCUGGGCGGCGACCGCGCCCCCGCGGCGCGGGCGUCCGAGGGGCCUGCGCCCGCCGCGGCGGCCCCCGGCGGCGCCCGCUGCUCGCCGAGCGUCGCAGCGCUCGGCUCGGGGUCCUGCCGCUGCGGCGGCUACCACCGCGCCUGCCAGUCCCACGCGCUGGGCUCGCCCCGCCAGGUGCUGGAGCCGGCCUCUGCCGUCGCGGCGACGCUUGAGGGCGCGUGGAGCUCCGUCGUCGCUGGCCUCUCGCGCGCGUGGGCCGCCGCGGGCGGUGCCCUCGCCGACCGUGAGGCCGCGCCUGGGGCGUGCCAGUGUGGCGGCUACCACCGCGGGUGCCGCUGA